CGGUGCUCCGGCAUGGUGGAGGAGUUCGUGGCGGAGAGCUGCAGCGCGAUCAAGGCGCGGCACGACAAGACGGGCGACGAGCUGGCGGAGCUGCGGCUGCAGGUGCACCAGGAGUACCUGGAGGGGUUCCGGCGGCUGUACAAGAAUCUCGGGCAGCUUGGGUACCAGAAGGAAAAGCGUCUGGAAGAAAAUGACCGCCAGAUCCGGAAGUCCCACAUUCAGCUGGAGUUCCCGAUCGAGAAGGUCGACCCGAACGCGAAGAAGCACUCCGACUUGAAGAAGGAGCUGUACAAGCUGCGCGCGCAGGUGGAAGAAGAGCUGGAGAUGCUGAAGGACAAGAUGGCGCAGGCGCUGGAGAUGUUCGGCCCGACGGAGGACGCGCUGCACCAAGCGGGCAUCGAGUUCGUGCACCCCGCGGAGGAGGUGGAGGACGGCAACCUGAACCGCCGCAGCAAGAUCGUGGAGUACCGCGCGCACCUUGCGAAGCAGGAGGAGGUGAAGAUCGCCGCGGAGCGCGAGGAGCUGAAGCGCACGAAGGUGCUGCAGGCCCAGCAGUACCGCGGCAAGACGGUGCAACAGAUCACCGAGUAG